AAAAAAGCAGUAAAUGAUUGGAAAUCGGCACGUAACGUUCGCAAACAUUGAAUCCGAGAUAUCCGCGAAAUCUACAUAAUUUAAUUUUGGCGGAAUAGUUGUAAACAAUUGCGAAUCGCGACGACGCAUGCGCCGUCGUCUAGCGAAAACAUGGCGAUAGUCGGGUAAUUGCUGUAAUCCGAACGAAAACAAUUGAAUGCUCGCCCGGAUUAAACCGUAAAACGAGUUUUUUUCAAUUAAUCCGCCAUCGUAGAAUGGAGCGGCACUAAAGUUACGGCGAGGCUGACCGAGUCUAGUCAUGGGGAAGCAGAACAGCAAGCUCAAACCUGAGGUUUUGGAGGAUCUCAAGCAAAACACAGAAUUUUCCGACGCCGAGAUCCAGGAGUGGUACAAGGGUUUCUUGAAGGACUGCCCCAGCGGCCACCUGUCCGUGGACGAGUUCAAAAAGAUCUACGGCAACUUUUUCCCUUACGGCGACGCGAGCAAGUUCGCCGAGCAUGUUUUCCGCACGUUCGACGCGAACGGCGACGGCACCAUCGACUUCCGGGAGUUCCUGUGCGCGCUGAGCGUCACCUCCAGAGGCAAGCUCGAGCAGAAGCUCAAGUGGGCCUUUUCCAUGUACGAUCUCGACGGCAACGGCUACAUAUCCAGGCAGGAGAUGCUCGAAAUCGUCACGGCAAUUUACAAGAUGGUGGGUUCGGUGAUGAAAAUGCCGGAGGACGAGAGCACGCCGGAAAAGCGCACCGACAAAAUUUUCCGGCAGAUGGACCGCAACAAGGACGGCAAGUUGAGCCUCGAGGAAUUCAUAGAGGGCGCCAAAAGCGACCCAUCCAUCGUGCGGCUGCUGCAGUGCGAUCCCCAGGCGCAGUAGUGCGCAACUAAAAAAAAAAACACCCGGUCCAGUUGAUAAAUAAAAAAAAAUUAAGACUUGUUCAUCCAAUGGUGUGUAUCAACCACUCGUGUGUGAUUGCGGGGUUUGUCGGUACUUCCCGGUCCGGUAAAUUAAAAAAUGAUUAGAGAUGUCGGGCCGCAUCUUUACGACCGCGGAUUGUUACGCUCCCCUCGCAUAGUUUUAGAUAAAAUAUUUAAUCCUAAUUUAAUUUUAGCGUUACGAACUUACCUAUUAAGCAUUUUCUCUUAUUGGACGUGAACCUUUUCAAUUCAAACUGCGUGUCCGAAAUUUUUAGGGUUACGUUUCUUCAACGUUUUUGUGUGGCAUUCUUCUCCAUUCUACUCCAAACAAAAUUCGAUCUUCGAGGAGGACGUACAUAUCUCGUUCAAUUUUAUUGUAAAUACAUCACCUUUUGACGAAUACUAACCUGCGUAGUUGUAGCUAACGAUUAUUAACGAGUACGUCGUACUCAGUACAAGUCUUAUGAUAAGUUGUUUGAAUUGAAGUGGGCUUGUUAAAAAAAAUACACAACCUGAGGAUUACUCUUUCUCUUACUACGAUCCCAAAAUAUAUCGAUUGAAUGUUACUGUUUGAAGAAUAAAUAAAUUUUAUGUAACUUUGAUGAAGUUGAAAGUAGAUGGUCUGUAUUACUACAGCAUAUAAUUAUUAAAUUUUGGUGCUUUAUAUCGAAAUUUUCGCGGUCGGCGGCCAUCCCAUUAGCUAGGUAUGAAUUCUAGAAUCAGCAAUUUAGGCGAUGAAGUUUUUUGACCGUCGGGCCGCGCAGUUCGCCUUCACCUGCCUCUUCUUGAUCCCGAUUGAAAAAAUUAAUAAAACGGGACUUUUCGGUAAUACACCACGUAAACUGCAACGCAAUUCGUUUUGUCGUUUGCGUGUUGUUCUGCACUUUGUUUCGACUUAAAAUGAAUGCGUUCGCCAAAUUCUCGUCCUCCAGAUCUGAUCCUUUUUCCGGUCUCAACUGUUUCGCUGUUUACAAACAAAAAAGACAAGAAGCAAAAGACAGUUAAAUGUUAGUGCUCGAUACAAUAGUAUACUACAGAAAACAGGCGUCAAUAUAUUCAGGAUGGACUGCAAAAACGAUCAGACUGAAUAAAAAACAAUACUGAAGUUAUUGCAAGAAAAGUAUUGGUCGAAUUGCGGUUUUAAGAGUGAAGCAAAAAGGCCUAACCAAUGAUUUUAAGUAAAUAGGUAGGGUUUUUGAAAUCGUUCCACAUGGCCAUGACACGAAAUUAAAAUUAAAAAAAACUUGAAACAAAAGCCAUUUUCAUAAAUGUCUGAUCUUCCCAAGUACUUGCACGAAUGUGGUUUUGAUUAUCAAUACUUGUCUACUUCAUGUAAUAUUAAAAUAAAAUUGCUGACGCAUUAAUCAAAA